UCAUCCUAGCUGGUUUUUGUUUUUUCUACGGAAAAAUCGCGCGGUGUGUGUUUAGUUGUCCUGAUGUAGCUAACCAAAACUUUCUGUGGUACAUACUAGCAAGAAAUAAACGAAUACAGCAGGUCUUUUGGCAGAAAAACCCUCAAAAUUUCACAAUGAGUGACGAUGCGGACUCCCCUCCUGAGAGGGAAAUGAAGGAUUUUCAGUUUCGUCAGAUGAAGAAAGUCAGAGUGUUUGAGCCCACCGAAGAUUUGCCAAAAGACAGAUCCAGCCUCCUUGCCAUCUCAAAUAAAUAUGGCUUAACUUUUGUGGGGCUUGACAGAACUUUCAAGGUGUACUUAACUCGAGAUAUUCUGGCUGCUGAUAAAGGUGAUGGCAACUCCAACGAAAUAGUCAAAGGAAUACCAGUACUGGCUGAAGUGACCGUGGAACUAGUUUUGCACCACUUGGCUCUCAGUUGUGAUGAGCUCACACUGUCUGUGUGUGGCAUGUCUGAGGAAGCUGGCUUGUCACUCACAUUCUAUGAUGUCCGCACGUUCAUGAACAAGGGAAAACUACAGAAGCUACCAUUUGCAUUCCACCAGCCAGCUGUAGCACCUGACGUCUUAGUGCAGGACCUGAAGUGGAAUCCUGUGCAGGUGUCUGUGUUGGCUGUCUGCCUCUCUGAUGGCAGUAUAAUGAUUUUGGAUGUUAUUGACAGUGUCAAUGUGCAGGCCAGGCUGCCUUCUUCAAGUGGAAUUACCUGCAUUUGCUGGAGUCCAAAGGGAAAGCAAGUAGCAGCUGGAAAAAUGGAUGGUACAGUCACGCAAUAUACACCAGGACUGGAGGAAAAGAAAGUUAUCCCAUGUCCACAGUUCUUUACCCCUGGCGAACCUGUAAAAGCUGUGGAUGUACUGUGGCUGAAAACCUAUGUGUUUGCAGUAGCAUAUGCUGCUGGAGAUGGCUCACUUGAGACCCCCCCUGAGCUAGUGUUGAUCUCACUCCCAAAGAAGGAUGAGAAAGUGGAGCCAAAGUUUUUGAACUUUGGUGAAUUUGUUUUUGGAAGCUGUACGGAGCGUCAGCACCACUACUUCCUCAGUCACGUAGAGGACUGGGACCUUGUGUUUGCAGCAUCAGCAGCUUCCAUUGAGGUCAGCGUCAUUGCCAGACAAGACGAUAAGAUGUGGGAAGUUUGGCUCCUAGAAGAUUCGAGCAGGGCUGAGCUUCCAGUGACUGAAACAAAUGAAGACACUUUGCCCCUUGGCUUAGCUAUAGACUACACCAGCCAGCAGGAAAUCCACAUAACUGAUGAGAAGACCUUGCCCCCAGCGCCCACAAUGCUAAUGCUUUCCACAGAGGGAUUACUUUGUCCGUUUGCUCUACUCAACCUCAAUCCAGGGGUUAAGCAGCUAGUCGUGGCUCCUUCUAACCUGGCUUUGGAAGGGGAGAGACUUCCCAAACCCGGCUCUUUGGCAACCCAACCACCCAAAAUUGCUGCCUCAAUCCCAUCUGCCCCAGCAGCAUUUCCAAGCCUUGGUCUUACUCCAGCAGCUGCUUCCAGUUCUCCAUCCCCUGCUACUUCUUCUGCCGCUGCCCCAUUCAGCAUUGUUCCCAAAGCUCCUGUGUCAUCGGCAGCAUCAAGCUUCACUUUCUCCAUCCCAACUACCUGCUCCACUUCAGGCCCUUCAGCUUUCUCCCUGGGGGGUUCUGCACCUUUUGGCUCAGGAUCAUCCGGCUUCUCUUUUGCUUUGAAACCUCCCUCUGACACUCCCUCUGCACCUUCAGCUUUUUCUUUCAACAACCUUUCUGUCAAACCAUCAGCAGCACCAGCUCUAACUCCUCAGAGUCUUGCCACUCCUGCGUCCCAGUCUGCAGUGAAACUGAAUCUAAAUGACAGAUUUCCAAUAGUGGAGGCUACACAACCUCCUUUCUCCUUUAACUCCCCACUGUCCAAAACGGUUGCCACGACUUCCAGCAGUUUGACUGCCCCUCCUUCUUUAGCCAGCAAACCACCAGCUAUUUUAGCUCCAGUGCAUCAAGUUCAAACCAGUGUCUCUCCAGCAGUUGUCCAGAAACCUUCUCCUGCUGUCCAGACCCGUACCCAGGCUCCACAGCAGGCGGCUGUCAGUGUGAAGGCCCUGGAGAAACAGCUACAGCAAAAGAAAGACUCUGAUCCCAUCAUGGCUGGCAUAUUGGAGGAGAUCGCGCACUUCCAGAAGGAAUUGGAUGACCUUAAGGCACGAAGUGCAAAAGCUGACUUUAAGGUUGGCGCUGAUGAGGAAAUGAAGGAGUUGAGGAAAGAGUCGGAAGACCUCCAUAUUUUCACCCUGGAAAUCAAGGAAACUACUGAGUCACUCCAUGGUGACAUUGGUACACUGAAAACUUCGCUACUGGAAGGCUUUGCUGGGGCAGAAGAAGCCAAGACCCAGAGUGAAUUGAGCAAAGACAGAAAUUACAGACAGCUACUUUACAAAAAGCCUCUGGACCCACGCAGUGAGGAACAGCUCAAGGAGAUUCGAAGGCUAUACCAGUAUGUUAUGUUCGCUGUGGAGGAUGUUAAUGACGUCUUGGAUGUGGAAUGGGAGAAACACUUGGAGAAGAAGAAAAAGCAGAAACACAUGGUUGUGCCCGGGCGUGAGGGUCUGUUCACUACACUGUCCAAUAAUCUGUACAUCAUCAACCAGCAGAAGAACAGACUGGACCAGCUGGUUAAGGAGCUCACUUCGCUGCGCCUCUACAACAAAAGAACCACUCCUGCCAGAAGUCCUGCAACACCAAUGACAGCUAGUUUGGAAAAUGACCUUGAGACUUUAAGAGAUGCUCUCCUGAAAACCAGGCUGGACCCUACCCCUUCUAAGACCAAAUCUCCAGCCAUCAAGAUAUCACCAGUUAAACAGUCCCAGCUGCGCAACUUUCUCUCAAAGGGACAGAUGCCUCCUGUCCGCUCAACUGCACCAGCCAACCUGUCUCGCUCAGCCUUCCUUUCACCUAAAUACUACGAGGACUUGGAUGACGCGAGUUCAACAUCUUCCCUGUCCCAGUCCCUGGAGCCUCACCCGCCUCACUUGGAGCAGGAAGAAGAGGAGUUGCAGACACGGCCCCCUCCCAUGUCCUCCAUACCUCCAACAUUGUCCACCCCCCGCCAUCCUACCGUUGUGAGGACCCCCUCUAUCCAGCCGGGCUUCGGAGCCAUCCAGUCCACCCCUUUAUCUAAAAUUCAGUCAGGACAGGGUAUGGGCUUUGGACUCAGCCCUAUUGCCAGCCCCAUUCCAACAAAUAAGAUUAAUCUCAGCGGGGCUGACAGCACGGCUCUCGCCACAAAGACAGUCAAGCAUGGAGCUCCACCAAUUGAGAGGACCGCACCCGUCACCAUCUCUGCCCAGCAGGCUGCAGCCACUGCUGCUUUACGCAGGCAGAUGGCCAAUAAGUUGGCUGUGAUCAAUACUUCACUGACAGAGUCCACCUUGAAGACUGUUCCUCAGGUGGUCAAUGUUCAGGAGUUCAAGGACAAGGGGACUCCUGUGGUGGUUCCUUCCAACAUCAGCUCCUCGGUACCAGAUCCAGGAUCUCAGGUCUUUGCAACAGUUUCUUCCAGUCAGGCCAAACGGAAUCCUGUCCAGGGUGUCCAAAAAAUGCCUGCAGAGACUACAACCAUCCCACAGAGCAGUUUUGUUUUUGGUCAGCCGUCCAAAACUGAUGGUUCUGUUGCUCCUCCUAGCUCAGCUGAGCAAACCAGCAGCAAGGGUUUUUCUUUCAAUUCAGUGUCCUCAAGCUUCAGUUUUGCUUCAGUUACACCAGGAGCUGGAAUGCCACAAGUGAAAGAUGCAAGUAAAUUCUCUUUUGGUGGAAAUGGUAAGAUGGUGUUUGGCCAGGCUGGAGAAGAGUCAUUCUCCUUUACCUCAAAGUCCACCUCCCCUGGUCUUGGCACUGGGUCUCCCACUUUGGCUCCAAACGCAACAGGUGAAGGUGCUAAACCCACCUCGACCACAGCCACUCUGAGGAUAGAGCCACAGCCUCCAAAGACAGCUGGUGGCGAGACUCUGGGCAUUUUUUCUGGACUAAGGGUGGGCCAAGGAGAAGAAGCUAAAGAUUCCUCCACUAAAUCUGCUGUGGCAGCGUUUGCAUUUGGGGACACUGGACUUGGCAAGGGCAAGGCAGCAACACAGUUUAGUUUUGGAACAGGUCUUCCAAAAUCUGGAGAAGAUUCUUCAACACCAGACUUGUCCGAAGGGGCCCCCUCAGGCAGUCUGUUUAAGCCUCCUGAAUCAAACGCCAAGCCAGCCUUCUCCGUUCCACAGUCUGGUUCAGCCAGCUCAGCUUUCCCCGCAUCUUUCAGUAGUCUUCUUGCAGCCGCACCAGAGACACAAGAAGAACCAAAAGCUGUCCCUCAGCCUUCAGUACCUGCUUCGCCCCCUGUAAAAGAACCUCCCACCAGUGAACCUGAAGUAGAGAGCACCAGUCGUCCUGUGAUACCUGAACCUGCAGCACCUGCAGCCACCACAGAACCCACCACAGCAACCACCCAGACCCCUACAGUGUCAACACCUGCUCCUGCUUUGGCCACACCUGCCCCUACCCCAGACCCUCCCUCGACUUUAACUGUGCCAAAAGAAGCAAACCUUCCAGCACCAGCCAGUGCCCUGUCCACAACAGAAACCACCCCAGAGCCAUCUACCACUGCUACUGUACCCUCUUCAACUGCUGCCACUGCAGCACCUGUAACUCAGGCAGCUCCACCAGCAUUCCAGAUUCCCACGUCUGAUAAGCCAGGCUCCAUUUUUACUCAGCCCGCUCCUGCAACUACAGACAGUAGUUCUGUCGGAGUCACACCAGUUAUCAACACAGCUGCCCCAACUGCAACUACUCAAACCUCUACCGUUGUUAGUAGUGCAACAGCGACUGCUGUGAAUAACGUGUUUGGGCAAUCUGCUGCACCUCCAGCUUCCUCGGCCCCAGCAUCAACAGGAUUCGGCUCAGCUGGGUUUGGUACAUCAACUGGUUUUGGCAAAAAUGUGUUUGGCCAGGUUAGUGGCUUCGGCCAGCCUGCAAGCAACACUGGAACAUCGAGUGGAUUUACUUUUGGACAGUCUGCAUUUGGAGCCACUUCUAGUAGUGCAACUACUGGCGGAAGUCUUUUCGGUGCUUCUACUGCUACCAAUGCAAGUUCUUUCUCCUUUGGAACGAGCAGUGCCAACACAGUAAGCAGCACUGGCACUGGGCUGUUUGGACAAAGCACAAACCAGGCUUUUGGCCAAAGCUCUGGAUUUGGACAGGGUUCUGUGUUUGGGAGUAACACCACCACAUCCUCAUCUUCAGGAUUCAGCUUUGGACAACCGUCAGGUUUUGGCUGCUCUUCUGCCAACCCGGUGUUUGGCCAGCAGUCUAGCAGUGGCAGUGGAUUUGGACAGCAGCAGCCAUCAUCUGGGAGUCUCUUUGGUUCAAGUUCAGCUAAUACAGCAGUCUCAUCUGGUGGUGGAGGAUUUUUCAGCGGCCUGGGAGGCAAACCAAGCGAGGACGCUGCCAACAAGAAUCCGUUUGGCACCACUUCCUCCACUGGAGCGUUUGGACAGUCUAGUCAGACAGGUACCAACAGUCUCUUUGGUAAUAGUGGUGCCAAGACCUUCAGCUUUGGACAGUCCUCCUUUGGGGAGCAGAAACCUUCUGGGACCUUCAGCACUGGUGCUGGAAGUGUGGCAUCCCAGGGCUUUGGCUCAUUCUCUACACCAUCAAAACCAGGUGGCUUUGGCAGUGCUCCAGUGUUUGGGAGUCCUCCUUCUUUUGGGGGUUCCCCAGCAUUUGGUACUGGAGCAUCUUUUGGCUCAAGCCCUUCAUUCAGCAGCCCCAUUGGUUCCUCGGCUGGCAAAGUGUUUGGAGAGGGCACAGCUGCUGCCAACAUGGGAGGAUUUGGUAUCACAACCUCAGCACCUGCUCCGGUUUUCAGGUUUGCCCCACCUCCUAGCACUCCUUCCUUUGGCGCACUAGCCGGUCAGAGUGCUCCAUCAUUCGGGAGCCUGGCCCAGCAGGGACCUGGGUUUGGAAGUCAGCCCAGCACCUUCACAGGUUUUGGACAACAGCCACAGCCAGGAGGAUUCUCUGGAAACACCUUUGGGUCUGCAAACCAAUCAAAUUCUCAGACAUUUUCCAGUUGGAGAAGCUAGUUUUUGUCUUUUAAACCACCUUGAGCUACUGUAGAUGCCACUGCGACAUUUCUUCUUCUUCACUUAAAGCUCUCUGGGCCAUACAUUGGGAGAAGCGCAAGGCUGCAUUGCGUUUGGGUUGGCUGCUCAUAGAGCAGACACAUGCUAUAACUUUUUGUGAUCUUAGUAUUUUCUUGGACACAGUUGAAUCAAGUUUUGACAUGUUUACAAGUAAAGAGUGUAUAGUUGUCUUCAUUGUCACGAUAUACACACGUCAAGGGUUGUGUUGCCUUACAAGUACAAUUUUUUUGCGCUUUGAAAACAUGACUUAAAAAAACCCCCCGAGCUUUACUUUUAAACCUUUCACUCUUUAACUUUGUAAAGCUGUUAAAACAACAUCCAGUCUACUUUUAUGUUGCUGCCAAUGCAGACUUUGACAGAUUAGAUAUGUGUGAAAAAUGCAAAACUUGGAGGUGUGUAUUUAAUAACAAAAAUUGAUUUUAAAAUUUGACUUGUUGAAAUAAGAUGUUAAAAAAUUGUUUUUUUGUUUUGUUUUUUCCCCCACUAAAUCCAUCCCUCGGAUGUGUAUUUUUACAUGGAAAACUAAGAAUAAAUCAAAUAUUUCAA